CGCUCCUCGUCUGCGCCUCUCGCCUCAAGAGGCAGUGCGCGGCUGACACAGCUCCGCGCCGGCUCCUAGCUCUGCACCUGCCGGUCCGGGACCUCUAGCUCGCUGCUGCGUGCACACGCCGCUCGUCGCCCGCAAGUGCUGCCAGCGACCAGCGUCCGCACACGGCGGACUGCUUGCCUUGCGGCACGUCUCGGCCUCAGAGCAUGGCCGUGACGACUGCCUCGGCGUUCAGACCCACACGCAAACAGAGCAGCGGAGCGCUUGCGGCCUUCACCGACACCGACAUGCUCUCUCCCUCAGGCGUGCCCAGCAUGACGUCCUACGGCGACCCGGUUGCGCCCUCGUAUGCACGCAACGGCACGCCGGGCAGCGCCGGGCCCAGCCGGCCCUCCUUUGGCGCAGCAGGCGGCCCGAGCAGCGCAGACGGCGGCAUCGGCGCCAGCCUCAUGUCCGGGCCCGGCGGCUCGCUGCUGAUGAACGGCGCGCCGCAGGCGGCCAACACGAUUGGCAACAAGCCGGCCGUGGCGGGCAGCAGCCUGUACCAGGCGUGCUUGGCACUGCGCGACCGCCUGUGGUGCGUGCAGGGCUUUGGCGAGAACUACCUCUCCGAGGCGCUCUCGACGCCCAGCACGCCCGCCACGCCGUCGCCCUCGGCGAGCGAGCCCGCGGCCAGCCGGCCGAUCUCGAGCUUCGACCCUGUGACGCAGCUGUGGCAGCUCUUCCGCCUCGGCGCGCCGCUCUGCGCGCUCUUCAACCACCUGAAGCCCAACACGGCGCUCACGAUCAAUCCGGACGCGAACCGCAGCAACGCAAACGAGUGCAAGAAGCAGGUGGCCAAGUUCAUCAUUGCGCUGCAGAACGAGCUGCAGUGGGACCCGGAUGACUGCUUCACUGUCUCGCAGCUGUACUUGAACGAUACCAACGGCUUCGUCAAGGUGGUGCGCACGAUCUCGAAGCUGCUCGACAUCUUCGAGGCGCGCGGCCUGCUGACGGCGCCGGCGCACGCGCCUUCGGCCUCUGCCGACGUGCUGGAGAAGCCGAGCGACGACCGGGCGUGGAUUGUGCGCGAGCUGCUCGACACGGAGCGCAAGUACGUGCAGGACCUGGAGGUGAUGCAGAACUAUGCGCGCGCGCUGGGCCAGCACGACAUCCUGCCGCCCGACACGAUCCACGCGCUGUUCGGCAACCUCAACACGUUGGUGGAUGUCAAUCGGCGCUUCUUGAUCUGUGUGGAGGAAAACGCGCGGCGGCCUGCUGAUGAGCAGCACUUUGGUCAUGUGUUCCAGACGAUGGAGAGCGACUUCUCGGUGUACGAGCCGUUCUGCGCAAACUACGCGCAGGCGCUGGACAUCAUCACUGCCGAGGCACACAACAUCACACGGCUGCGUGGGCUGCCGGCUGCUGAGGGGUGCUACCUCGACCCGUCGUACGAGCUGCCGACAUUCCUGAUCAAGCCGGUGCAGCGCAUCUGCAAAUACCCGCUGCUGCUCGAGCAGCUGCAGAAGAAGACGUCGCCCGACGCGCCCUACUACCAGGAGCUCGUCGACGGCAUCCACGUCAUCCGCCGCAUCACCGACAAGGUCAACGAGACGCGGCGCCUGCAGGAGAACAUCCAAAUCGUGCGCGAGCUCGAGCUGCGCGUCGAGGACUGGAAGGGGCACAACAUCAACACGUUUGGCCCGCUGCUGCUCUCCGACGUGUUCCUCGUCGCCAAGAGCGACACGGAGCGCGAGUACCACGUGUACCUGUUCGAGAAGAUCCUGCUCUGCUGCAAGGAGAUUCUACCGAACCAGCCCAAGAAGAACUCGAAGAGCAACAGCCUGCUCAAGCAGAAGACAACGGCCGCGCAGACGCCGCCCGGCAAGAAGCCAAAGACGAGCCUGCAGCUCAAGGGCCGCAUCUUCAUCAACAACGUGACGCACGCCAAGGCGCACAACAAGACGGCUUCGGUCAUGGGACAGCCCGGCGGCUCGCACGCGCUGCAGGUCUGGUGGCGCGGCGACGUCGACCAAGAGUCGUUCAGCCUGCGCUGCAAGAACGAGGAGCAGCUCAAGCAGUGGCAGCUCGCGGUGAACAAGCUCAUCGACGAGGUCAACAUCCGCCGGCAGCACGUCGCGGCGCACUUCAGCCAGUCUGGCGCCAUGUCGCCGGCCAACAUGGCUGGACUGCACGGGCGCCGCAACACGGGCAACUCGUCGCACUUCCCGCAGACGCCGCUCUCCGAGAUCGCGCCGUCGUUCCCGUUCCUGCGCACCGACAGCCAGAUGAGCCACCGCACGCGCCUCGAGAGCGACGACAUGGACAGCGACCAGAUCGAGGGUGUGCGGGACAUGGCCGAGGGCAUGUCUCUCAACGGCCACUCGACUGGCGGGCGCAUGACGCCGCUGGGUGGCCGAUAUUCCACGCCGGCGGAGCAGCGGGAGCCGCCGUACCAGCAGGGAGAGGGCUCGCGGCCGCGCGCUCGGACGGAGGACCAGGACAGCUCGCUGAUGACGCAGUGGCGCUCCAACUCGCCCGCCAUGGCGCCGCCGCUGCCGCGGCCGUCGCACGCCAACGGCUCGGCGCAAGCGAUGGAGCAGCGGCAGCGCGAGCACGAGCACCAGCUGCGCAAGGCGUCGAGCAGCCGCCAGCUGCGGCAGCCGGGCUAUCCUGCGCCGCACACGAGCAGCGGCUAUCCGCGCCCGCCGCGGCACGGCGACUCGACCUCGCCCACGGAUCCCGACAUGCCAGACGACAUCACGGGCCGUGCGCGCGCAGACUCGUCGGCCAUGGGCCGGGCGCAGUCUGAUGCCGGGCAGCAUCUGCGCAACCGGUCGGCGAGUAACCCGAUGGCGUUCAAUCCAAACGCCGUCAACGAGAUGCCGCCGCCGGUGCCGCGAGCGCCGUACCCAGCACAUUUGGUCAACCACGGCAACGGAGAGCACGGCAUGCAUCGACAGCCACAUCUCGGCUCCGACAAGCGCUUCAGCUCGUCCAGCACAUCCACGCUCGAUUCGACGCACUCGCUCGGCUCGCUGCGCGGCUCGACGGCCGCCAGCUCGCCGAUCACGCACGCGCCCGCCUCGACGCGCUCGACGGCCAACUCGACGCCGACGCAACAGGCGCAGCGCUACUCGAACUCCAACGCCGUCAAGCUCUCGGUGCGCUUCGGCGAGGACCGCUUCGUGGUCGUCGUGCUGGCGUCGAUCAACCUCGUCGGCCUGCUGGAGAAGGUGACGAAGAAGGUGCGCGUCAUCAGCGGCCGCAAGCUCGACGGCGUGGCACUGCGCGUGCGCUACAUCGACGAGGACGGCGACAAGAUCCUCAUGCACGACGACGAGGACGUGCAGAUGGCCUUUGAGCUGGGCCGCCAGUCGGGCACCGACGUCGAGCUCGUUGUCACCACCACUGCGUAGUCGCC